AUGAGUUCAUCUAUGGAAGAAUAUUUUCGAACAGCUUUGAGUAAAGAACUUGCAAUUGCACCACCUGAGCGUGACCAUGAACAUUUAUCAUCAACAUCACGAUUAUUAGAAAAACAACGUGAAGUAACUGAAACAGAGGCAUUAUUAGCUAAUCAAAAAGAAGAAUUUAAAUUAAAAAUGCAAAGUUUAAAACUACGUCGUGAAAAAUUAAAUACAAAGGAACAUGAAUUACGUGAAAGUUUGGUUAAUUUUGAAAAAUAUAUUAAUGAACUUGAUUCGAAACGAGUGCGUGCAUUAAAACGAGCAUUAGAUGAACGUGAACUUGCAGCAGUAAAACAAAAAGAAAUUGAUAAAUUACAAGAUGAUAUUGAGAAUUUAAAACAAAAACGAGAAGAAUUUUUAGCACGUAAUGCUAAAUAUGCCAAACAUAAUACAUAUCUUGAAAAAACUGUUGAAACAGCUGAUGAAUUUCAAGCAGUUCAAGAAUUAAUCGAUCGUUAUACAACAUUAAAAAUAAAUAAAGAUUCUUUAUUGGAAAUUCAAAAUCAUCGUGAAGAACAAUUAGAAAAAUUACGCAAAGAACGGGAAGCAUUCUUACAAAAAAAGAAUAAUGAAAGUUUAACAUUAAAUAAUCGUAUUGGUGAUUUACAACAUGAACUUGAACGAGCUGAAAUUGCAGCUCGACGUGCUGAAAAUGAAUGGAGUUUUAUUCAAACAACAGCAGCAGAAAAAUCAUUACAACUUGGAAAUGUUAUUCUAGCUGUGCGUAAUUUAUAUCAACUUGUCAUUCGGCAACAAAAAGUUGACAAAGAAGAACGUGUUCUUGAAGCAGAAAAUCCAAUAAAACAAGUUCGACAACAACUAGAAAGAGUCUCUACAUUUGUUCAUGAUUUUACAUCGAUCACAGAUGAUAUGAAACAGUCUGGUCAAUUUAAAGCACGAAUGAAUUAA